GAUGAGCGUUUGGAGAAGAUUCAGGAGAUAGGAAAGGAACUAGUUGAUCUUCAAUUCAUGGCUCAAGCCAUCACAGAUGAAGUUCAUGUUGUUGUCGAAAGAUGGAAUCAGCUACAGCAUCAGGCUGAACAACGGGGACAGAUGCUGGAACAGGCUGUUAGUGAGGCUCAAACGAGUGAGGGUCGUGUAUCUAAUUUGCAAAUUUGGAUUUACAAAGUUGACGAAAUCUUAACCGAACACAUUGAGAAUGACAUCACAAUGGAGGAUUUGCCGCAUGAUUUUCAGGUUAGAUAUCUGGGGAUUUUCUAUGUAACUAACUUUUGUCCCGGCCAAAAGAACCAUUUCACUGGGAAUGCUGGCUUGUACACCAAUAACUGCAUGAUCCUAUGUGGAAAUAUUUUGGGAAUGAUCUCUAGGUCUAGCAAUAGAUUUGAAAACUUCUCAGAAGAAGAAAGAUUGAGCUAG